AUGAGUGAAGAGACACCUAGAGCUAAUAGCAAGCCUAACCUGCCUGAUUAUAAAGUUGAAUACUACGUAGACGCAAAUGGCAAACGAAGAAAGAAGAUUAAAAAGCUAGUCAAAAAAGAGAAGGAGCUCUCAGAAGAGUAAUUGGAAGAAAUUAAAAGUGCCUUUGAACUUUUCGAUAAGGAUGGAUCAGGAAAUAUUGAUAUCCAUGAGUUGAGAGACGCAAUGAAGGCACUUGGUGUUUAUCUUAACAAAGAAAAGGUCAAAGCUGUCAUGAAGGAUAUGGAUGCUGAUGGCUCAGGAACUGUAGAAUUCGAUGAGUUCAAGCAACUUAUGAAGGUAAAGAUCAAGGAAAGAAAUUCGGAGGAAGAGCUGAGACGUAGCUUCAGAAUCUACGACGAAGAUGAUACUGGGAAAAUUAGUUUCGCAGAUCUCAAAAGAGUAGCUUAGGAACUCAAAGCAGACUUGACUGAUGACGAAAUAAAGGGAAUGAUAUAUGAAGCUGAUAGAGACAGAGAUGGAGAAGUUUCUUGUGAUGAAUUCCUCCGCAUUAUGAGAAAAGCAAAACUCAUGUGA